UGGUGGUGGUGGCAGAGGCGCUCAUCCUCGUUCCCCAUCUAUUCUAGCGUACUCAUGCUAGAGGUUGGCAGCCGAAUGGAAUGGAAGAUCAAGGAGAGAUCAUGUAGCCCUUCCAGGGCCCAGCUGGGGUCUGUGCAGUAUUUCGACCGAUAAAUUGAAAGAAAAAGUGUUGGGACCCGCAGGUUCAUUUUCGUCCUCAUUCCCCUCUGUUUCCCUCUCCUCGGCCAUGUUCGCCCAGAUUCUUGCCGUUGCCGUUGCUCUUCCUUUUGUUUCCGCACUCUCCCUUGACGCUCUGACCGAUGCUGUAACUGGCGGAGAUGUCACAUUGAACUGGCAGACUGAAUCCUCAGACCCUUCGUACUUCUCUGUCCUACUGGCCAACCCCAUCUUCCACGACACGUUUGCCAUCGCGAACAACGUUGGGAGUGCCUUGACUACGCUGACGCUCCAGCUUCCUCAAGUCCCUGUCGGUACCAGCUACCAGCUUCAAGGCAUCAACGUAAGUGACGUGAACGACGUGUACGCUACCAGCCCAUCAUUCAGCAUCGGACCUGCCCCCUCUUCGAACACGACAACAACCACGACAACAACCACGACUACGCCUGGUGCUACGACUUCCUCUUCUUCCUCAAUCGCUUCUGGCACCGUCACACCUGUCGGUACGGCCACUACACCUGCUCCUGCUGGAGCUACCACGACCGCAUCCUCCACGACGUCAUCUACCAGCUCCAAUGGCGUUCCCUACAAGUUCAACUUCGCUGCAGCUCCCGCUGCCGUUGUUGUACUCUCUGCCGUUGCUGGUGUUGCUAUGCUUUUCUAAGCAGGACCUUCGUCCUCGCCGUGGAUCGAUAUCCUGUCCUUUCCCGGCAGAUUGAAGUUUCCGACUUGGUGGUGUUGGUGGGGUAUGAGUGUUACUCUACUUCAAACAGCGAUUUUUGUUUUGUCAUUGUCAUCAUGCUCGAUUUGUUUACCCGCUAUAGGGAUCAUGUUGGAUGGAAAACUUGGGAAAGAUAUUUGGAAGAGUGUAUGAGCACGAAAAGAAUGGGACCAUAUCGAUGAGCCUUGCCCGUAACAGCUAAAUGCCUGAUAGGAAACUGUUUAGGUUUGGAAGAAGACCACGAACCUGUGGCCCUGGCAAGCAAUGCAGAUGUGUGUGCACGUCGGUCAAUCGACUUGGCGCACCAGGUUCUUGUACUCCUCGGCACCACG